UUGAAUUGUUGAUAUGAACUUUAAUAAAACAGGUUUCCGUUCAUCGCGGUAGGGAGCUUAAUGCUCAUAAUUUUAUGUUUCAAUGUAAAUUCAGAGUUAUAUUAAAUUUAGUUUAAAUCAAAAUAUGACGCAUUUCGCGGCAGAUAAAGAUGACUUGUAUACUACAAUAUUCGCUGAAUUAAAACAUUUGGGAAUUAAAGUGCCGAAAGUGAAAAAAUUCAAGUCUAACAUUUUAAAACAGGAAAAAAUAGCUCAGCCGUCUAAGAGUAAAAUAUUUGGAGUAAGUUUAGCAGACCAGGAAUGGAUAGCAGAUUGUGAUUAUGUUCUUCCAAAGUUCAUAGUAUCUUCAAUCACUUAUCUAAGGCAGUUUUCAGAUAAAGUAGGACUUUUCCGUAAAGCAGGAUCGAACGUGAGGCAGCGGGAAUUACGAUUGAAGCUUGAGAAAGGGGAAGAUAUAUGUGGAUCUGAACCAAAUGAUGUAGCAUCUCUUUUGAAGCAAUGGUUGCGAGAAUUACCUGAGCCCUUGAUUCCACAGUAUAUGCAUGAUUUAUUUAUCAGAUGUCAACAGUUGGAAAAUGAGGAAAAUAGAAUCACCGCAAAUCUUUUGACAUGUCUAUUGUUACCUCCUAAUCAUCUUCAUACUCUGAAAUAUCUCCUGUGUUUCCUUGCUGAUUUUGCAGCCCAUAGUGAUGAAAAUAUGAUGAGUGCUCAUAAUUUAGCCUUGUGUAUGGCACCAAAUAUUUUUGUUUUAAAUGAUUCUGCUGAUAAGUCUAGUACAAAUCUAGUUCACAUUCAUGUAUCUAUAAUCCAACUGCUGAUUGAAAAUGCCACGAAAAUUGGAAGUAUACCAGAAUUGGUUACAUUUCAACCUACAAUCCAAGAGGGGAGGAGUUGUUCUGAAUUGGACUCAUCUGGAGAUUUUUUGGAUACAGUCUCCUCAAAAAGAAAGAAGCAAAAGAAUGGACAUGUACAAGAUCUUCUUAGUGGUAUCAAGAAAUUGGUGGGUCAAAAUUCUACAACUGCUACAAAUGCGAAGACCCCUGAAAAAUACUGGAAUUCACAUACAACUGCUCCCAGGUCUGCAUCCAAACGUGAAGCUGAUACUGAUGUUGAAUCAUUAUUACCAAUAAAAAAACAACCGAAAUUAGCUGAUCAAGAGAAUAUACUUCAAAAUGUGACACCCAAAGAUAAAGGCAUAAUGAGCUUUGGAACUGUUGGUAGAAGUGGUGGUCACACUCGUAAAAAAUCAUUUGGCUUACUGCGUAAAAAAGAAAGAAAAAGACAAAAGUCCUGUCAUGGAAAUCUUUUGCCAGUGGUGACUUUUAAUGUUAUACCUCCAGAUAAUCAAACCAAAGAAACUAGCAACUGCAAUAAUCUUGUAAAAACUACAGAAGAAAAUGUUCUUCCAACAUCAGACAACAAAACCUGUAAACUGUCCAAGUCUGAAAGCAUUAAAAAAUCUGCUUCUGAAAGUUACCUAACACCCAGAUAUGGAAGAUGCCACAGGCUUUCUUUAUCUUCACCUAAAAGCAGUGAUGCUAAACUCGAAAUUCCUUCAUACUUUUUGCAGUCUCGUAAUACAGAUAAAAAUAUGGAAAACUCUGUACAGCAACUUGAAACUAUUCAAUCAGAUGUUAAGAAAAACGAUGAUGAUUGUAAUACUGUAAUUCCACCGAAAAAUCUUGAAAUUCCAAGUAUUAAUAUUGUUACCAAACCAUUAUGUGAAGAGAAGGAAUCAUUAGGUAAAAUUUCAAAAGACGAUGAAAUUUCUAAAAAUUUAAAGCCUUUGAUUGAAAGUGAAACGCCUCUCCGUCCAAACAUACAAGAGCUAAGGAAUGGUGGACCCUGCAAAAGAGUUUCGCGUAAAGGUUCUAAUGUUCAAAGAGCAAGUUCUCGCGGAAUAUCUACUGGUUUAAGCACAAGAGCAAGUUCUUCUGAUUUAAGAUCAAAAUAUAAAAACAAGUCACCACAAAGGAAAAGUAAAAACUCAAAAACUGAUUUACGUUCUAUAUCAGAUUCCCAAAUUAGGCAAGGCAGUCGCAAAUCUGGUAGGAAAAGUCCUAAUUUUGAUAAGUCUUCGCACAAAGGUGGUUUAUCGAGAAAUGAGGCUUUCAUUGUUAAACCUAAAAGUCAUAGAAAAAAUUCACUGGAGCAUUUAGAAAAUAAACACAAUGAAGUUGCAAGAGUUAGUAAAAAGGCCAAUGCAAAACAAGGUAAAAAUAACAAUAAUCCACUCCAUAAAAGUCAAUCUUUAAAUUCAGAAAAUGGCGACAAAGUUAAAAUAGGUAAGAAUGGAACCAAACGAGCAAGCAGAAAUGGUUCACUCAUAAGAGGAAGACCAAACACUGUUAAUACAGGAUUGCGCUGUGAAUUAAGAGGCAAUGAAUCAAUUAUUGCCACAUCAGAAUCUAACGAGAAAAGAAAAUCUCUGAAAAUGAAUAAGAAAAAUGAAGAUAUUGAAACAAAUGAAUCUAAUAACUCUUCAGAUAUCAAUAAGGAAACUAACAGAGGCAAUGAAUUGAUUAUUCAAGCAUCAGAGUCUCAUGAAAAGAAAAAAUCUAUUAAAAUAAACAAAAAUGUUGUAGAAGCAAAUUUCGAUUCAGUAGAUAUGAAUAAGGAAAAUAAACGAGGCAAUGAACCGGCUCUAAUUAUAUCAGAGUCUCGUGAGAAAAGAAAAUCUGUUAGAUUAAGUAACAAAAUAAAUGAGUCUUGCAUUCCAGAGGAAAUCAAAGACCAGAACAAACCUUUGGACCAGAAAGAUACUUCAUUAAGUACGAAAUUUGAAAACUUCCACUUAUCCUCACCUAUUAAUUCUUCUGAAACCUUAAUUGAUUUUAUUAACAGUAUGUUUUCUCUCGAAGAUAAACCUGCAACUCAAGAAGAGUUUGAAACUCAGAAUCUUUCAUUAAACCUAAAUCGAAUGAGCACUCGACUUUCAAUAGACAAGCAUAGAAGAGCAUCUCUACAGCUGAAAUGUGACAGAAGUUCUUCAGGCUCGGGCAGUAAAAUUCCUCGACUUAGAAGUUCUCUUGAAGCUAAAAGAACAAGUUCUCUUUCCGAGAUGACUCCAGAACCUAAAAGGAAAGUUUCAAAAAGUAGAGGAUCCGACAAUGGCAGUAUAAGUUCAUCAAAAAUACCUACAAAAAAACCAGAUACUUCGUUUGAUAUCUCGUCGCUUCAAAUCAGUCUAAACGAUAGUUGUUUCAAAACUCCUGACAAUAAUUUCCCAGCUUCUAAUUCAAUUAACUGGGUUAGUGGCAGUAAAUACUUGGGAAUAAAUUCACCACAAGAAGAUACUACCAAUAGACGAGAGUCUAUUGCCUUGAUCCUGAAAAAUAAUCCUGGUCACGUACAAGCCAAAGUCAGUAUGUAUGACACAAGAGUUCGGGAAAGUGUUGUUUGUACCAGAAGUGUACCAUCUUUCUCUACACCAUUUGAGCAUUUUGAUAAUAGGAAGGAAUCGAGGUCUGCACAGAAAAGUCACAAAAAAUUGCAUGAUUCGAGGAGCUACGAUUCAGCAGAAAACUUCAAUCGCAAGAAGAAUAAGAUGAGAUCUCCAUUACCACCACCACCAAAAUUCAGUAUAACAGACACCAGCACUCCAUCUGCCUCAGUUCCCUUACCUCUUCAUAAUGAAAUUGCCAAUAAUUGCAAUGAAUCUCAGAAUUCUCUGAAAGAGGUCUCAUUCAAGGAGGAUAAUUGUUUAUUGAAAAAGUCUCCAAGGAAAACCAGACAUUCAGUGAAAAAAUCUGCUAAUUCCAAUCUAGCACUGAACGAGUCUGAAAAUUCUUUUAAUCUUUCUAUCAAAGAUGAAAAUAACUUUUCAAGACGAUCACUAGAAAAUGUUAGCCACCCUUUAAAAGAGGUCACUAACAUCAGCUUCGAGAUGAAAAGUCCUUUGAUUAAAGAUGGAUACAUUUUGCCAGAGAAUGUUCACAGUUCAGGGAAGAGACAAAAUAGGCUUAAGAGGAGUUCUUUUAAUGUCAAGUCGCCACACAAACGUUUCAAAAGGAUAUCCAGAUCCGAAAGCUCACCUGGUCGUCCAAGACCAUAUGACAAAGCACACAGUCGUAUCAAAAAUUCAACAUCAAAAAGUGCUUCAAACAUAUAAGAGAGAAAUAGUCUAGAAUGAAGUUAAAAAUCGAAAACUUAGGCUUUUGCGUUCAUCCACUUCCAGGUCUGUGACGUUUGAUCAGAAUACAGAUCAUUUGGGUAUGGAAAUUUAAUCUGGUUUAAUAUUUUAAAUGAGUUUAUUUCCUAUAUUGUUGCUAAUAAUUUGACACAUUUUAUUACCAGUUGGAAUUUAAGAACUUUCUAUGUAACUUGUCAGCGCCUAUGCGUAGUUUUAAAAAGUUUGUCUAAUGUAUAAAAUAUUUUUGAAGUUUUUUCAGAUUUAAAAUGUUGGUUCAAAUGAAUGUUUAAAGAAAUUAUUCAAUUGACUCUAUUUUAUU